GCCGUGCUAGUCUUUCAGAUCGACAUUCAACAGGCAGCGAACGCAGGCUUUCGUGAUGUUGUGUGGCGAGUGUAUGUCAGCCAGUGUACCGUCUGUUCUCUGAACGUCGCUCGGAUUGGACAUAUGUCAUCGCGAAGCUGUGAGAAGUGACAGGCACUCGUGAUUCGUUUAACUUUGGUUUCUCAACGUUUUUUUUUCACUGCUGCUGCCGGUCUUGACACAGUGACGAGAAAGAGAACGAGAGCAAGGAGGGAGGCGUAUAUGUGAGGACUUCUUGAUUUGGAUUUUUAUUUUAUUCACUUUGCCAAGCGCGAUGGCUGAAGCCCCGCAGCAACAAGUGGUGGAGAUCGACCCAGAUUUCGAGCCGCUGUCCCGCCCGCGUUCUUGCACCUGGCCGCUGCCCCGUCCGGAGUUUAUCAAUCCCGCGAACUCCAACACCUCUUCGCCGGCUCCUUCUGUCAAACAGGAGCCCGGGAGCAAUGUUGAUUUCAUCAACGACUUCAGCCUGUUAGAAGAGAAUGAAGAUUACCAGGAGGUGAAGCCGCUGACCGUGUGCAGUGAUUUCCAGUGCCAGGAUGGGUGCAUUCACCAGCCGCCGACGCAGCAACAUCAGCACCCGCUUGCACAUCAACAGGUGGCUCCCACCUCCCUAUCGUCGCCGGCCGGCUCCGCAGCUGUAGCCGCACAGAGGAAGAGCAGCUCCUCCCGCAGGAACGCCUGGGGAAAUAUGUCCUACGCCGACCUGAUCACGAAGGCCAUCGAGAGCUCACCAGAAAAGAGACUCACCUUGUCUCAGAUCUACGACUGGAUGGUUAAGAGCGUGCCCUACUUUAAGGACAAGGGAGACAGCAACAGCUCGGCCGGCUGGAAGAAUUCCAUCCGGCACAACCUCUCAUUGCAUAGCCGGUUUGUACGGGUCCAGAACGAAGGCACCGGGAAGAGCUCGUGGUGGAUGUUGAACCCAGAGGGAGGAAAAAGUGGAAAGUCUCCACGAAGAAGAGCCGCCUCCAUGGAUAACAACAGCAAAUUUGCCAAAUGCCGUGGAAGAGCAGCCAAGAAAAAGGGCGCUCAUCAAGGAGGACAAGAUGGUGGUGCAGACAGUCCCGGAUCGCAGUACACAAAGUGGCCUGGCAGCCCCAACUCCCACAGUAAUGAUGACUUUGAGGCGUGGAACACUUUCAGGCCUCGCACAAGCUCCAAUGCCAGCACGAUCAGCGGGCGUCUUUCACCAUUCAUGACUGAGACUGAUGAUCUUGCAGAUGCUGAAGUGCACACGCUUGUGUACUCACCUGCUUCCAGCAAACUGGCCUCCACACUGCCCAGUCUUUCAGAAAUGGCCAGCUCCAGCCACCACAACACAGAGAACGUAAUGGAGGACUUGCUGGACAAUUUAAAUCUUCUUUCUCCUAAGUCCUCCCAAGUGACGGCCUCCUCCACUCAGUCCUCACCUGCCACCAUGAUGCAGCCAAGUCCUGGCUAUCCCUCCUACACAUCUCCCAACACUGCCAGUCUGGGAUCGCAAUCUCAAGAUUAUAGAAAAUGUUUGUAUAGCCAACCCGGUAUGAAUUCUCUUUCUCCGAUGCCUAUGCAGACACUGCAAGAUAACAAACCUGCUUACCCACCCACCCUGAGCCAAUAUGGCUGUCCAUCAGGGCUUCUUAAGGAGCUCCUGACAUCUGAUGGAGACCCUCAUAAUGAUAUGAUGCCCUCAGUAGACACUGUGGUAUCCCAGUCCACCAACAGAGUUGUUUCUGGCCCUAGUGUGAUGAUGGCACCCAACUCUCUGAUGUCAUCCUAUACAGGAGGGCAGCAAGGUCAUGCCAAGAUGAUGGCAUCUGCCAACACACACUCACACGCAGUUCACAGCCAGCCGUCACCAACCAUUAACGGCCGUGCCUUAAAUCAUCCAAUGACUGUAAUGGCACACAGUGCAGGACUGAACCGCCUAGCGACCGUAAAGACUCUCAUGCAAGUGCCUCACAGCCAGGCCCCACAUAUGAGCAUGCACCAGUACAUCAGUGGCAGCAACGGUUAUGGCAGGGUGGGCCUGCUCUCAGUCCACCAGGAAAAACUGCCCAGUGACUUGGACGACAUGUCAAUUGAGCGGUUUGAAUGUGAUAUGGAAUCCGUUCUGCAUGAUACCUUAAUGGACGGAGACUCUUUAGAUUUUAACUUUGACCCCAUGGUACCAAACCAGGGCUUUUCACACGGUGUAAAGACAACAACUCACAGCUGGGUAUCAGGAUAAGCGUGGUCAGGCUAUCCACCUGAAACUGGACCUACACCAGUGGAAAACAAAUCCAUCAUCUUUUGCAUUUCUCCCGAGACACACAGACAGCCCACCCCCUACACGCACACACAAAUAUAUGUGUAGUAUAUAAUGUGUGUGUAUUCUUUUACUUCUUUCUCCUUUUAUCAGACUUGGCAGCAGAAAGCUUUUUCCUGUACAGGAUGUUUGCCCAGUGCGUGCAGGUUAUGUGCUGCUUCUGAUAAGGCUUCUGCCAUUGGAAAUUUUAUAGCAAUCAAGUGCCAAACUCACUACAUAAUGUCAUAGUGGAGUUUAUUUACCUGAAGUUGGGUUUUUUUUAGCUUUAUUUUUUUUUUUAAAAGGAGCGACACAUACACUCACUGUGCCUAAUAAUGUUAGAAUUCUGCUUUUAAGGUAUGUGCUGACAGUACAGUAAUAUUGACGAAACCGGAGCCAUUCACCGCUGAACAGAUGUGUCUCCUGUUGUUUUAUGUGACCCUGUCCUCUUCCGUUUGUAAUCAACAUUAGAGGUAUUAUUAUUAUUAUUUACAAUUUAGGAAAGUCUUAAUCUAUUUAUAUACUGAUAACAGUUAUAUUUCCUACCUUGUGUUACAAGGAAUAAUGAAGAAUAAUCUUUCUCGGUAUAAACCAAUGCUAAACAUGACAGCCUUACAAAUGACCAGCAGGGCCUUUGUUUUCUAAUGCAGGGAUUUUGUGAUUUUUGUUUUUUUGAAUCCCAUUUUCGAGUCCAGCGUGUUUUCUUCUAAUUCUUACAUGCCGAGUCUGUUUCACCAUUUCGUGUAUAUACAGCAAGUUUACAAUAAUGUCCAAUAUCGGGGCAGCAGAUUUGUAGUGCGUGUGUUUUUCUUUUUUUUUUUUCGUUUAACUGGAUUUAUGAAGCAUUUUGUAUUUUGUAUUUUUUUUUGCAGUGCUUACUCAGUGUGAGGCUGUUAAAGCUUUGCUUUGUUGGAGUAAACAAAAGACAAAUCUUUUACCCAGUUACAUACUUUUAUUUUUCUAACAUGAAACUCGAAAGCAGAUCAUGUACAGACUGGCUUUUAGCAUUUCAGAAUUUCUUAUUUAAUAUGUCUUAUAUCCACUUAAUGCAUGUAUGCGGCAUUUAUCCUAGAUUUAUACUUUUCUGUAGCUUUUGCUUUUUUUUUUUUUUUCCUUAUACAAAGGAAACGACUAUAAUAAUGUCAGGCAGGUCGGAAAAGUCUGCUGUAAUCGGGGGAAGCGUCUGCUUCUGGAGUCGGUUAGUGACAGGUGUGGUGGUGGCUCAUUACGGUCACAGAGCUGCUUAUUUCAGCAAAUGUUUGGUAUCCUCCAGGAAUCUGUAACGACAGAACUGCUGCUGCUGCUGCAUAAUGCGAUUAGAAAGAUUUGGAAUACUGACCUAUAUCUGCCGUUUUAUAUACAGUACCGCCUUUUGUAUGCCCCACGUAGUACCAUGAAGUGUUAGAUAUCCUGCCAUAGCUGCUUCUGUUUUCCUGUAAUGUUUCUUGUCGUUGAAGAACUCAUAAUGUUUAUAUUUUCAAUAUACUGUAUAUAAAACAAAUCCAUAUAUCGUGUGUUUAGAUUCCACUUUUGUACUCCUAUAUACUGUAGCAUGCAAAAGUAUUCAACCCCCUUGAACGUCAUGAUCAUUUUCUGCAUGACUAAAGAUAUGCACACGUAUUUAUCCUUUCAGUAUUUUUAACGUGAACUCUUGUGUUGUAACAAUACAUUUCCAAAGUCCAAACAAACCACUUUCUUUAUAUUUUUACCUGAAGAAGACAAACUCCAAAGUUAAUGUUUCAGAAACAGAAUUUCUUUAUUGUCAUUGUAACAAAUACAACGAAAUUAGGUGCAGUCUCUGUAUUCAGGGCCUACACAUUGUCGAGAGCCCUUCAGUUACAAUAACAGCCUUCAUUCUUUUGAGGUAUGUAAGUAUGUCCCAGUUUUGCACCUUGUUCAGUGCUGGUUCUUCCCCAUUCUUCUUGGCAGAAUUUCUAGAGACCCUCUAGGUUGGUGGGCUGGCGUCUCCAGACAGCAGUUUUCAAGUAGUGCCGUAGAUUCUCAACAGGGUUACGAUCAGGGCUUUGAGUUGGCCGUUCCAAAACAAUCGCCUUUCUGUUUUUGAGACAUUCCAGUGUCGCUUUGGCCUGACGCUUAGGGUCACAUUGUCAUGUUGAAAGGUGAAUCUUCUGCCGAGCCGUAGGUUCAUAGCGGACUGGAACAAGCUCUCCUGCAGUAUUGUAUCCAUCCAUUGUCCCUUCAGCUCUGAAAAGAUUCCCAGUCUCAGCCCAUGUAAAGCAUCCCCAUAGACUGAUGCUGCCACCACCGUACUUCACCGUAGGUCUGGGGUUUCUUGAGGCCUGGGCAGUGGUAGUUUUACACCACACAAACGUCUUUGAAGUCUGGCCAGAAACUUCUGUUUUGGUCUCAUCUGACCAUAAAACCUUCUCCCACAUCUUAUGCUGGGCCUUUAUCAUGCUUUGUAGCAAAUGCCAUAUACGUGUGGACCUUCUUAAGAAAUGGCUUCUCUUUUGCUACCUUGUUUUAUGGAGAGCUUGUGAAAUUGUGGACCACUGCACCUUCACUCCAGUUUCAGCCAAAGAGCAUUGCAGACAUCUGAGCGUUACCGUUGGGUUUUUAGUCGCCUCUCUCACCAGUCGACGUCUCGCUCCGAUGUUUAGUUUGGUGGGACGGCCUGUUCUAGGAAGAGUCUGAUCCCACAGUGUACAAACGGGCCUUGUUUCUCACUUCAGCAGAAUGCUCCUUUGUCUUCAUUUUGGCAGUGAUUGUUCAUCAAAGACUAUGGCCCUUACAAAAGGGGAUUUUCAUGUCUAGAGUGAUAUAAAGAACUCACAAGUAGCACCUCAUUAUGUGUCAUUUUGACUGUCAAAUGACUGUCACCUUUGUGUCGUUUGCGACUAAUUUGUCAUUUGUGUAAGCCUGGGGCUUUGAAAGCACAAGGGUUUAAAUAAUUACGCAAACACUAACUUUUGGAUUUGUCUUCUUCAGUUAAUUAUCUACAGAAAAUGGUUUAUUUGGACUUUAGAAAGGCAUUGUUAGAGCUUAAGAGUUCACGUUAGAAGUACGGAAUGGAUAAAUACGAAGUAUGGAAUGGAUAAAUACGCGUACAAAUCUUUUGUCAUGCUGAAAAUUAUGGCGACUUUCAAGGGGACUGGAUACUUGUGCACACCAUUGUACACAUUAUUAUUGAACAUGCCGAGAUCAAUUGAUGAGAUCCAUUAUAUUUUUGUUAAAUAUGAAGCCUAUUAGUGAAAUAGUUAAACAAAUUGAUCCUUCUUUUCUCGAAAAGAAGUUCAAAGGUCACUGAUAUCCAGUGCUUGUUAAGGUCAGUUCAAACACUCACAAAAGCAAUAAGGUACCAUAUUCAGGGUCUCUGCUUUGGGGGGCUGAAUUCCUGGGACUGAAUGUCUUUCUAUACUCAAAACAGUUUGAUAGUUGAAUCUACUGAUUUAUAUUUUUAUAUUCUGGAAAAAAAAUGAACGUACUUUGUGAGAAAAUAACAUUUAUAUCUUUUAAAGGAUCCGAAGUUACUUUGGCAUUAAUGGAACAUUUCAGCAUUCAAUGUAAACAUUAUGAGUCCUUUAUUUAUACACCUUUAAAAAAAAUAAUAAAAUAAAAAAAACUGAAUGUUUCAUAUUUUGUUGCCAUCAGAAUUGUAAAUGAUUGCUUUGUGAAAUGCGCAAAUGAUCUUAUCUAUGCAGUCUUGUAUUUUUUUUAAUUUGUACUUCUGAAAAGUAUAUUGUAUUAUAGAGCUGUUGAGAUAUUUUAAGUAUCAGAUGUAUUGUUUCAGAUAGAUAUAUGAAAAAAAUGAAGUAUAUUUAGUUAUUAGAUAUAAUGAUUUUGAUGCUUUUUUGGGUUAACUGACUAUUAUUCUUCUAUUUAGCUGGGAUCUUUAAAAUAAUAUUAAAGAAUAAAGUUCUAAUAUUAAGGCUGAAAUGUCAGCUGGGCAUCCCUAACAGGAGGGAAAAAAAAAUUAUAUCGGACCAAUAUUUCUUUCUUUUUUUUAUUUUAUAAAGAUUGACUUGACAAAAAAAAAAUAAUUGCACUUCCUAAAACAUUUGCUUUUAUUGAAUCAGUCUACUUCACUGAUUAAAAGUUUAUUUCUUCUAUAUUGUUUUAAAACUGUUACAUUUCUUAACUUAUAUAAAUUGUUUUAUUAAACUUUUUUUUUUACAAUCAGUGAAAUAAAAAAUAAUAAACAAAAAUGACUUUGAAAUAAAAAAAAUAAUAAUUUUUAUGGGGUGGAAAAUUUUUUGGAAGAAUUGAAAAUAAAUCGUGAAUGAGGCCAGCCCUUCCUUUGGUGGAUGUUCCACAGACCAGCGCGUAUGGCUUUACAUGGCAUGUAAAUAUUACGUACUGUAAUAUUGGAGGGGUCCGGGUUGGGGUGGGGAGGGGGGACACAGGUAAACGCACGCCUUAACUGCUUAAGCAACACGUGAAAAACCUUCUAACUAAGGAAAUGCCUGCUGAUGAUGUGUCUUCAGUGAAUAAGAACAAUCUUUGCAGUUGGUGUAUAAAGCCAUACAUGUACAUAAAUUAUAUUACAGAA